AUGGCGUAUACAAAGAAAAGGAGUGGUAGUUGGAUUCUGCUGGGUGCCAGCACAUGUGGGAAUAGCUGGUUCAAAAAACAACGUGAUGUGUUCAGCUCAGACGAUGAAGAUGGUGUUCGGACUCCUGAGCUCAAGAGUCCUGCAAAGAGCAAGUCAGGAACCAAGUCUAAGAUCACAGCCCCCUCUGCUGUAGUUGGUCCAAAAAAGUCUGUGAGCAACAAGACGACUUCAGAAUUGGCGAAAAAAUCUACGAAACAGAAGAAAAAAGAAACUGUGACCAAACCAAGGAAAAGAAAACAGUCGGUGCCUCAAUUGGCCACUGCCGCUGCAAGGAACGAUUCCGAUUCAGACUCGAGUUUAGAUAUGGAGAAGUGGAGGAAAAUGGUUUCUCAGUUAUCAGAUACUGAUCGUGUGAAGAUGGAUGUUCUCUCGACCUUGGAUGAAUCUCCUGUCUCAUCUGCAAAGUCUUCAGCAAAGGGAAGGACGACAAAGAAGCCGGCAAGAGCUCAAAAAGAGGGAAACCCAGCCAAGAAGGGAAAGUCCAGUACACCAGCAAAGAAAUCGACUGCCAAACCUGAUGACAUUCCUGUAACAACUGAUGCAUCUGAGACUCCUUCAAAAAAAAUCAAAAGACAAAGAUUUGUAGCUAUUUCUGAACAUCAUGAAGUUGAGACACCAUCCAAAAAGGCUGGGAAUAAGAAAAAUAGUAGUAUCUCAGGUCUUGAUGUGGUUAAGACCCCUAAAAGAGCAAAAGCUAAAGCUACUAACUCGCUUGAUAAUCCAGAAGCACAUCAUGAAAUGAAUGAACUCUUGGAAACUGGCAAAAUUGCCACUCCGUUGACAAGGACUAAAAGGGUUGGUGUAUCAGAUUCAGAAGCCAUUAGGACUCCUAAUAGGGUUCACUUUAAAAAAGAAAAUAGUUUUUCAGGGCAAGUUGAGACCAAUGUUUGGAAAGAUAAUGGUACCUCAGAAACCAGCAGCACUGAAACUCCAUCUAAAAAGGCUAAAAAAAAGAAAAGCCAAUCUGAAGCCAGUAAUGUUGAAACUGACAAUAGUCCCUUAAAUAUUAAAGAGGUUAAGAAAGCUGUUAAGAACGCUAGGAUGGACGAUACCUCUGACCAAUCAGAGACCCCAUCAAAAAAAGUGAAAAACAAGAAGCCUAAAAGUGUUGUAGAGCCUGUUCCUGAUGAGACACCUUCAAAGAAGGUUAAAGCUAAGAAAACAGAAGGUCCUUCUGAGAAUGGACAAGAAACGACACCUGAGAAAGCUGAUGUCUCUCUAGAAUCCGUUAAACCUGACUCUUCAUCUAAAAAAGCCAAACUUAAGGCCAGUAAAAGCCAUUCAGAAACAGUUGAGCCUGAAACACCAUCAAAAAAAGCUAAAGCCAAGAAAGUUAAAAGCACUGAAGAAUCUGGCGAGGAGGAAACGACCAGUAAGAAGGUCAAAACAGCCACAUCGGAUGCUGAUCUCCCGCAGUCUGACUCUACAAACAGCUUUUCGACAAAAAGAAAAAGCAAGGCUGCUGAUCAGAAUGACGUUCCAUCAGAAACACCCUUAAAAAGUAGUAAAUCUCAAGCAAAGACUGUAGAUGGUGAUGGUUUGGGAAAUGAGGAAACCUGUAGUCACGAUCUAAAAACUCCUUCCAAAAAAAGAAAACACAAAAGGGAAGAAGCUUGUGAUGUCCCAGCACCGGAGGAGGCCACACCUGAGCUCAAGAAGGCCAAGAAAGACAAAGAGAAGAAGAAAAGCAAGGAGAGUGAAAAUGCAGAUGCUCUUCAACCACCACCAGCAGAAGAAGAAAAAGCAUCCGUUCCAGUAGAAAUAAGUCAGAAGAAAAAGAAGAAGAAAAAGAAGGAGAGAGAUGAAGAAACAGAGGAGAUAAUCCCUGAUGAUCCUCCUGUAUCUGCUCCAGAUGAGGAGGUGGUAGUGCACAAAAAGAAAAAGAAGUCUUCAAAAGAGAAACAGCUCAGUAGUGUUGAAACUCAUGGACUCAACAGCACAUAAUGGAUGUAACGGCCCUCAAGACUUCAGUUCUCAAUCUCUCAAUCUCGGCUGAAAUAAUUAUUUAACCUGAAUGCAUGCUCCG